UCCUCGCUGCCGCCCCGGCCUCUACCCUGGCCAGAGGGCCAUGCGGCCGGGGAGACGGGGCAAGCCCCACCUCCUUUGUCCGCCCUGCCCUCCCAUUGGCCAGAGCCGGGAGGCGGGGGCGGAGUCAGGGUCGGGGGCGGAAAACAGCGGGCUGGGGGCGGGGCAGGGCGGUGUGCGGGUGGCGAAAGUGGUGCGCUCUCGGCGGGACCGGUGCGCGAGGCUGCGGGCUUGCUUUAGUGGCCUGCCCCGCGCCCGCCGCUGCCAUGGACGGUCUGCGCCAGCGCUUCGAACGUUUUCUGGAACAGAAGAACGUGGCCACCGACGCGCUGGGGGCGCUCGAAGCCAGGACCGGUGUAGAGAAGCGGUAUCUCGCCGCGGGAGCCCUCACCCUUCUAGGCCUGUAUCUUCUGUUCGGCUACGGGGCGUCUCUACUUUGCAAUGUCAUCGGAUUUGUAUACCCCGCAUAUGCUUCAGUCAAAGCUAUCGAGAGCCCAAACAAGGAAGACGACACUGUGUGGCUAACCUACUGGGUGGUGUACGCCCUGUUCGGUCUAGUCGAGUUCUUCAGCGAUCUACUCCUGUUCUGGUUCCCUUUCUACUACGCGGGCAAGUGCGCCUUCCUAUUAUUUUGCAUGACACCCGGGCCCUGGAACGGGGCAUUGCUACUGUAUCAUCGCGUCAUAAGACCUCUGUUUCUAAAGCACCACGUGGCUCUAGACAGCGCCGCGAGCCAGCUAAGCGGAAGAGCAUUGGACAUAGCAGCUGGGAUAACCAGGGACGCCAAGUCAAGUCAGACCACACUCCUGAAGCACAAGUGAGGUCUGCUGGCAGUCUGUGUGUAGAGCCCCCAACCACUGACAAGGAACACAUAGCCGAUGAUGGCCAGAUCUCUGACAGUUCCUCAGACUCCCAGAUAGAGGAGACACAGCCACAACCGCAGCCACAGCUACAGCCGCAACCACAGCCACAGCCGCAACCUCAACCACAACCUCAACCUCAACCUCAACCUCAACCUCAACAACCACAACAACCACAACCGCAACAACCACAACCGCAACAACCACAACCGCAACCACAACCACAACCACAACCACAACCACAACCACAACCACAACCACAACCACAACCACAACCACGCCGACCCUCAAGUCCAAGUAAACCAUUAGGAAGCCCUUCACGGGCCACAAAUGGGCAGUCCCCGUCCCCAGUCAGCCCAGGCUCUGCGUCUGCGUCCCGGGGUCAGCUGGCCACUGGUUCUUUCGUCAUCGGCUCCCAGUUUCCCAGCAAGACCCGGACCCAUCGAAGCCGGGGCAGUUUGACUCCCAGGGCCGCACAGCGCGCCCGGCUGCCCAGUGGAACACUGGGGUCCAUUCAGCUGCCCAUGCGCUCUGUUGCUGCCCCACAGUCAGCAGGCCGGUCCUUGGGACCCAGCCGGACAACAGGCCGCCACACAGGAACAAACCAGCAGACCCCCCAGGUCUCCACGGCAGGCCCAGGCCGAGCGGCAGCCGCGGUGGCGGCAGCGCCAGCCCCAGCCCCAGCAGCCCCAGCAGCCCCAGCAGCCCCAGCAGCCCCAGCAGCGCCAGUGCCAGCGCCAGCAGCCACAUCUGUACCCACUCCCACACAGCGUGUCAGUGUGUCUGUCCAGGGCUCACCUAGGGUCCCGUCUCCCUGCACAUCCCCUGACCUCAACCAGGGGGCCGGCAAGGCUCCGGUUGAGUCAGGGAAUGCAGGUCCCAAGAUCGGCAAGCGUAACCAGAAGACACAGGCGGCUGGCAGCACCUCUGUGCCCGAGCUGUUGGUCCCCUGUCACUCUGACACCUCUCUGGAUUAUUUGUCCGAGUCCACCACGGAGAUCACCUGCAAAUGGCCAGACUACGGUCACCAGCUGCGCUGCCCUAGACACUGCUGGCUCCUGCCACACCUGGCAUACUAACGCCACGCCUGGACACCCGUGGGCCAUGAGACCGCAAGAGACACCUACCCAGGGGAGCCACAAGAAGCACUAGACCUCCGGAGCACCAUACAAGAGCCACGUUGAAUAACUGCCCGUCGUGCAAAUAGUUUAAACAUCUGCCACAAUGCCACAUGAAACACCCACCAGCCAGGCCAUCACACGUCAAACCUGCCCGUGGACUCCCGGGUGAGACACCAACCACGAAGCCCCAUGUGAAACACCCUCAACAAAACAUCCAUCAAGGUGCAUGUGAAACACCAUCCGGGGUCCCCCAUGUAACAUCUAUCCUCCGCGGCACGCAAUAAAAUCACCCGCUCAGGCUCA